GUGCAUCGGUUAAUUUUGCGAUUUCUGCUAGAGAAAAGUUUUCUCAUGGUCCCACAUCUGGUAAUCCUCUAGCGCGAAUAAAUCCGGCCAAAGUGUCUUCAACCUCUGAUUUCCUAUUUUUAUUGUCACGAUUUAUGGUGAUUUGUGCCAAUGACGUUCUAGACAGUAAUGUUCCAACCUUUCCUUAA